AUGACCGAAGCAUUGGUGAAAUGGGCAGUGCCUCAGAUUUCACGUCUGUUGCCUUUGGACGAGGACUCGCUGAAGCAGAUCAUCACAUACCACGACACGCUACCUAGAGACGUAGCAGCGGAACAACUUGGCGGCCUAUUGGGCGACUCACCGCAAGCUCUGGAGUUCAUUGCUUCGUUUAAUUCACGUCGUCAAGCGCCACCUUCAGAAGCUCGUCCAGCGCCUACGGUUUCUUCGGCUCAAGAUGAAGGUGUACCCAAGAGGCAGCCAAAACAGCCAAAGAAGAAGGCAAACAUUCAUAGUCUACCGGCACGACAGGUCCAGGAUAUUGGAGGCGGCUCUGGCGCCUAUAGGAAACAGGAUGAAGGCGACUACAUGGCUGGGUCGUCGAGGAAGAAAACGCAAGCUUCUCUGUCCAACACUCUGGCUUUACAGGAGACACCUGAUGCUAAGCAGCUUCCUGUUCGCACUGCCGGAGGUGUAUCACGCGGACCUAGAGCACCUCCUUCGGCAUCUGGACCCUUGAUCUCUGAUGUGCUUCCUCCACCGUCGCAAUCAUCUACUCCUCGUACUGCAUCGCCAGCACCAACCAAGACAAAGGUCAACAUUACUGGAGGUACCAACAUGCAUGGAGCCGGAAAGACUCUGUCCGAUUUAGAUUCUGCCAUUCGAUCUCUAGAAUUGCAAACCAACCCCACCUUAGCUUCAAAUCAACAGUCAGCAGCAGAUCUUGCAAAGCGAAGAUGCAAUUGCAUGGCCACGCGCCACCCACUACUGACCAUCGCACCCAACUGCCUCAACUGUGGGAAAAUCGUUUGUGUAAAGGAAGGUCUGGGCCCUUGCACAUUCUGCGAAACCCCGCUCCUCUCCUCUUCAGAAAUCGCCAGCAUGGUCCGCGUACUCAAAGACGAGCGCGGCAAAGAACGUCAAGCAGCCAACAACGCAACCCACAAACGCGCCGAAGUCAGCCAAAAACCUCGUGCCUUUACCGGCCGCGAUUUCCUCUCUUCCUCCGCUGCGGCUUCCACUACUGCAUCCCCACUUUCCUCUGCUGCUGCCUCUGAAGAUGAGGGCGACGCCGCGGUCAGCAAGGCCAAAGAGCACAGAGACAAACUUCUCGCUUUCCAAGCCAAUAACGCCAGACGUACGCGUAUUCACGACGAAGCUGCGGAUUUCGAUGUACCUACCUCAGGAACGAACAUGUGGGCUUCACCUACAGAGCGUGCUGCAGAAUUGAAACGCCAGCAAAAGAUCAUGCGAGAAAUGGAAUGGAACGCGCGCCCCGAAUACGAAAAACGCCGCAUGGUUGCCAGUAUCGAUGUCAUAGGAGGCAAGAUUGUCAAGCGCAUGGCUGAAGUGGAAAGACCUGCCAGCGAUGCAGAAGAGGAGGUUGAAGAGGAAGACACCAUGCCAGUGAGACGAGACGAUAAUGCUGGAUCGGGGGCUUUCAGCAAUAAUCCUCUUUUGGGUGCACUGAUUAGACCUACGGCUAGAGCGGACAAGGGAAAAGCCAAGGGGCAAGAGGGCAGUGAAAAUAGAAAGAGCACUUGGAGGAGGGUACAGGAUGACAACGAUGACAAUGAGGCAUGGAUCUUGGACGGAGGUGCUUAUGGCGGUAGAGUUGAAGGAAGAAGACUAGGCGAGGAGGAACAUGCUCUUGGCUCGUAG